CUUUCUCCGCACAUAGGCGUUCCGGAGCGCAUCACAUGAUUUGAGUCUUGUGACAAUCCAGACAGAAAGGGAAAACGAGUUCCGAGUUUACAACUGUUUUUUUGUGUGCUCUAGAGUGAUUGGAGAGGUUCUUUUGACAAAAAAUGACAUAAUGAGGUGAUAAGAUGGCGAUAUUUUAGACAUUUCCCUCUUUUUUAAAUAAGCAUCCUCCCUUUAGACUGAGCAGUCCGCGAGUGUUUCGGGUGGUGCAGUCAGGGACAAAGUUGGCACAUGGAGAGAGGCGAUAACUUAAAUUUUUGCGCGUCGUGUUUUCUUCGUUUUUUUUUACCCAUCAGUGCCUGCAAAAGUGGUAUGACUCGAGGCAACACCGACUAAGUAAAUCCAAUUUGUGUGGGAAGAAGAGGGCCAGCCAAGGCAAAGAAAGAGAAAGAUAACUUGAGGACGCAACAGAUAUGGACAGCAAACCUCUUCUCCAAGACCGUCCUCCCGCUUAUGCUAACGUCGUCCCGGGGGCGUAUGAAUAUGGCCAGCAGCACAAUUAUGGAGCAAUCCCUGCCCCAACCCCUGCACCCCCGGGCUUUCAACAGCCGCCGCCAUAUCAGUACCCCACUGGCCCAGGGUUCCAAGAAGGCCCCAGUGCACAGAUGGGCCCAGCCAUAGCCCAGCAGCCCUACCCUGGUACAUACACCAUCAUCCAGCCCUCCGUGGUGGUGGUGGGGGGCUGCCCAGCCUGCAGAGUGGGCGUGCUGGAGGAUGACUUCACCUGCCUGGGGAUCAUGUGUGCCGUCUUCUUCUUCCCCCUGGGGAUCCUCUUCUGCCUGGCACUGCGCCAGAGGAGAUGCCCCAACUGUGGCGCCACCUUCGGGUAGAAGGACCAACCUGUAGCUCGUCCUCUCAGCCCAGCUGGAUCUUAUAACUUUGUUGUUUAUAACUGUUACACACUGAGAAUGCCAGGUAUUUUCUAUACAACAAUUAAGUAGUUGCCACAAUGAACUUAAUUGAGAUAUGAUAGAGGUGCAUGUGAAAACCUACAUUUGUACAUGGUAGAAUAUACUUUGGUAGUAUUAUCUAGUGAAGAAGCCUGAUCUUUGUCCAUCUACUGCUGGUGCCUUUUAUUACGAUACAGAGCAGAAAACAGACCGGGGCCAUAUUCCACAAAGCGUAUCAGAAAAUAUCCUGGAUCCUGUUUUAAGACAAAAAAAAAGCUCCCAGCUCCCAGUAGGUUUUAUGAGGAUAAGUUACUGCUCAGACAGACUCUGAGCCAGGAGAAAAAUCACCUCAAAAGUUUCUCCGUUGGUAAUCACCACAGUUUGAGGUACUGCAUAAGAAGGAUAGUGAUGAUGCUCAUUGACAUUGUUGCAAAUGAUGAGGAAUAACCAAUCAGGACGAGGCACUGACAGCUGUACAACACGCUUCAGACAACCACAGGGAAUGUUGCAGUGGUCAAACGUGUGAUAUCAUCUGCAUGACACAUCUCUGUCUACUUUUCAUUUGGCCUGAUAUGUGGCUUUGCACAUGUUUAGAAUAAUGUGGUGGGAAUAUUGCACUGAAUCAGUUUGACAGUUAAAAUAUGAAUGUUAUGUCAGCACUCUUCUGUUCAACACAUCUAAGGCAUCAAGUCACUUGCCGAUAAUGUUGCAUAAAGCGUUUCAAAAAGGUCUAGUUUUACCCAACACAAAGUUAAUAUAGGCUGUAGAUGCCCAACCCAUAGACACGGCUAGUUUUACCCAACACAAAGUUAAUAUAGGCUGUAGAUGCCCAACCCAUAGACACUGCUAGUUUUACCCAACACAAAGUUAAUAUAGGCUGUAGAUGCCCAACCCAUAGACACUGCUAGUUUUACCCAACACAAAGUUAAUAUAGGCUGUAGAUGCCCAACCCAUAGACACGGCUAGUUUUACCCAACACAAAGUUAAUAUAGGCUGUAGAUGCCCAACCCAUAGACACCCUAAAUAUCUCUUGACUAGUUGGGGGACUGUUAUAACUAAAGAAGCUUCCUGCAUAGCUUUUAUUGUUACCCAUAAGAGUAGGAGUAGAUUGUCUCUUAGCACCUACGACCAAAUGUUUUACUCUGAGAUUCUUUGUGGAUACGGCCCCAAGGCGCAUAUUCAACAAGUGCAUCCGAGUAGGAGAUCUAGGAUCAGGUCCUCCCUGUCCAUAUAAACCUUGUGCAUUAUGAUUUAAAAGCCAAACUGAUCCUAGAGGCUCUUUGUGAUUAUAGGCCCAGAAAGGGAUUGUGAUCAUUAUGUGGCUCAAUAACAAAUCAUUUACUUGAUAGAAUUCCUUUGUUUUGUCAUGUUCAAUCAAACGGAGGCACAAGUAGAUUUUGUGCUCAAUGUUAAAUUCCAAUUGCACCACACCUGGGAAUUGUUCAGUUCUGCCACUUCUGAAGCACCUUCUGUUUCAUGUAGUCACAUUUUAGGAUGAAUGAUGUAUUUUUGAAAGGAGACUCAUUACUUUGGGAAAUGGUUGGUCACUGUACAGGUAUAGGACUAUAAGGAAAUGACCCACGGAGCGAGAGCCUCUUUAAGCAACCCUUUUCAACCUCUGUUUUGAAGCCUUUGAGAAUGCUGCCCCCACUCAGUCUGGGCCAGUGUUGCAGAGAAUAUCUUUUCCCAGCUCGACUCUGGCUGGGGGAGGGUUUUAAACGUAACACAGACAUCAGCUGUCCCAAACUGAGACAUGGAACAUUUGUCAUUGAGCUGUUGUCUGUUCUGGUUUCUUUUUAUUCUGGGGCCAUGUCAUAUUUUCACAGGUAUGAUUCUGAUUGAUGGCUGUUAUAGAAGUCUGCAGACUUCAGCGUUUAUUUGUUUCAGACUUUUUUUGCAUAAUACAAGUAGGUUGACGUGUGUAAUGGAUAAUCUGGAUAAUCUGGAGCCAUUUUAGUAUUCUUCUCAGUGACAACUCAGCCUCCUGCAAUCCUCCCAACAAUAGACAAUCAACCGAGAAUGUCUCUAUGUACCCAUAUGUCUCUCUACCACCAGUAGUGUCUCUAUGUACCCAUAUGUCUCUCUACCACCAGUAGUGUCUCUGUCAUGUAAUAAAAUGGGGUCAUAUAUUGGGGGUAUUUUACAUGGAUCUGCUUUGAAACACUACGCACGCCUUCAUGAUUGAGGUCCUUAUUUUUUCUAAAAGAGUUAUUGUAAAUAAAGAACCAUGAGUGCG